UUAAAAUGGCUUCUAGACUCCACGCUGACCAGUGGACUGAGGAGUUAAAUUGUCCCAUUUGUCUGGAUUUCUUUAUUGAUCCUGUUACCCUGGAAUGUGGCCAUAACUUCUGCUGCUUGUGUAUCACACAGAGCUGGAAAAAGCAGGUGACAAACUCCUGUCCGGCAUGUCGGCAGGUUAUCGCCAAAAGGAAACUCAAGGUCAAUCCGGCCCUGGCGAGUCUGUCAGAGAAAGCACAGGAAUUGAGCCUGUCCUCGACCGAGACAGGAGUUAAACGCCACUGUGAGAAACACCAGGAGGAACUGAAGCUGUUCUGUGCAACUGAGAAGAAAUUGAUCUGUUACAUUUGCAGAGAUGCGCGGGAGCACAGGGAACACCGUUUCCUGCCCGUUGACGAAGCUGUAGAAAUCUACCGGCAAAGAGUGAAAUCCUCUUUAGAUUCCCUCACACAGAGGAAGGCCACUGCUCUGGAAGCUGAAGAGAAGCAGAAGCAAAAGAUUUCACAAGUUAAGGAACAGGCAAGCAGUCUGCAGCACCAUGUCGCGGCUGAGUUUACUAAAAUGCGCCAGAGCCUGACUGACAGAGAGAAGCGGGUACUCCAAAAGCUCAGUCAGCGAGAGGAGAGGAUUUUAAACCGAAUGGAGAAAAAUCUGCGAGAAAUUCAAGGCAAUUUGGAUUCUGUUAAACAAAAACUCUCAGAGGUAGAGAAACAGAUGGGAAAAGACCCGCUCACCUUUCUGCAGGAGGCCAGUGCUUGGAAAAUAAGGGUCGGUGAUGAGGAUUGUGUGCUGUCAGUAUGUGAGGGUGAUCUGCCUGUGGGGAUAUACAAAGGGCCUUUUCAGUACACAAUCUGGAGAGAGAUGAUACACGGCAUCAGCCCAGCUCCGGCUUCUCUGACUCUGGAUCCUGACACAGCCCAUCCCUGGCUCAUCGUGUCUGAGGACCUGACCAGCGUGAGAGCCGGAGACAAACAGCAGGAGCAGCUCCCCGACUCCCCAAAGAGGUUCAGCGAAGAUCCCUUUGUACUGGCGUCUCAGGGCUUCACAUCAGGGAGACAUUACUGGGAGGUGCAGGUGGGCAGCAAGACUGGUUGGGAAGUGGGGGUGGCCAGAGAGUCCGUCAACAGGAAAGGAAAUGUGACACCAACACCAGAGAACGGAUUCGGGAUCGUGUGUCUGAGAAACAGAAAUCAAUAUUGGGCUCUGACCUCGCCUGCCACCCUUCUGCCCCUGACAGUGAGACCCAGGAAGCUGGGAGUUUACCUGGACUGUGAGGGGGGACAGGUGUCAUUUUAUAACGCUGAUAACAUGACUCAUCUCCACACUUUCACCCACACUUUCACCGAGAAACUUCAUCCUCUGUUCAGCCCCAGUAUCAAUGACGGUGGGAAAAACUCUGAGCCGCUGAGAAUCUGCUCAGUGACAGCUUAAUGAGGAGGAAAAGCCUCAGCCAUUAACUCUGUUUGACUGUUAUUCCCAUCAGUCUGGGAUGGUGCCGAGGGUUAGAUUCUGUGCUGUUUCCCCCCCCCAACCCACCCCCCACCCAAAGUGUGAGCUGAGUUUGUGACGGGCAGUGAAGGGCGGGGGCUGGGAGGCGACAGCUCCACAUUGCGUCCCAAUGCCGGCUGUGACCCCGACACUGAGCAGCCACAACACAUCCAGCGUCAAUCCUGAGCUGCUGCAGCCGCCUGGUCAGCAACAGCCACAGCGAAUGAUCCUCAUUAACAUCAUUCACAGCAUCAGAGGAGCCUGACACACCCAAAUGUGAUCAGUCGGUGUUUACCUGUGGGUAAGGUUCAUCGCCAGCUCGUCCCUGAGCUUGGGUUGAGAGAAUCUGACUUUUCGACCAGUGAGCCAGGGAAAUGGGCUGAUAUCUCUCUCUCUCCAGCAAUGCCCAGUCUCACAGUCCAGGGCUGACGCUCAGAAUCUCACUUGAAAUCUCCCCAAAUCACUUUUUUUAUCUAUAAACAAUGGGAAUUCCUCUACUCUUGUGUGCAGCCCCAUCUCACUUGUGUACAAACAAUAUGUAUUUUCAGCGUCAUCUUUGAUAAUCUUUGUAAUAAUACAAUAAAGCUUGCAUUUCAUAUU